UCAAAGGUCGGCUGCCACCUGAAGCCAGCCGCUCGAAGAGGGCCUGCAGCUGCUGCCCAGGAGGUACUGAGAGUAGGGCCCCAGCACCCCACUGGAGGGGCCAGCUCCACGGAGGCCAGGCAUCAGCAACUGGAACGUAGAAAGGGCUCCUGGGCAAGAGCCAUGGCCCAGGCACCUCCCUGCUGGCUGUGGAUUCUAGGGACCCUGGCGGGGCUCUCAGCGACCCCAGCCCCCAAGCCCUGCCCGGAGAAGCACUACCUGGUCCAGGGAGAGCUGUGCUGCCAGAUGUGCAAGCCAGGGACUUUCCUCAUGAAGGACUGUGACAAGCAUGGUGAGUCUGCUCAGUGUGACCCGUGCAUCCAGGGGGCCUCCUUCUCACCAGACCACCAUUCCCGGCGCCACUGUGAGAGCUGUCGGCAUUGUAACUCUGGUCUUCUCAUUCGAAACUGCACCCUCACUGCAAAUGCACAGUGUGCCUGCCCCAAGGGCUGGCAGUGCAGGGACAAGGAGUGUACAGAGUGUGACCCUCCUUCAAACCCUUUGCUGACACUGCCUCGACCGUCUUGGGCCCCGGACCCACACCCACACCCACAACCCACCCACUUACCUUACGCCAAAACCCAAAGGCCCCUGUGCAGCUCAGAUUGCAUCCGCGUCUUUGUCAUUCUCUCUGGGAUGUUUCUUGCUUUCACCGUGAUGGGACCCCUGUUCUUCCAUCAACAAAGAAAAUGCAGACUAAACAAAGAAGAAAGCCCAGUGGUGCCGGCUGAGCCUUGCCCGUACAGCUGCCCCAGGGAGGAAGAGGGCGGCGCCAUCCCCAUUCAGGAAGAUUACCGAAAACCAGAACCUGCUUCCUACUCCUGAGCUUGCGCACCAAGAAGGCUGGGUGGGCGGGUCAUCACUACAAUAAUUCUCCGCCUCCAUCCCACCCCAGCGGCCAUCCGCCGGGGCACCGAGACCUGGCAUACACACACCCCCACACCCCGACCCCCACCUGCGCCCCCAAG